UAAAUUUUACGUAUAACUAUUAUGUUUGAUACCAUGGAGGUUUUCAAUCCAGUUCAAGAUCAAAUCCAUUUGACUUCACAGUUGAAAAGUUCGCACGUGUUAUACAACAUAUCUAAAUAAUAUGGACAUGAAUAUAGCCGAAACAUUUAGGGAUGGAACAAUUUUCGUAACUGGAAGUACAGGGUUUUUGGGAAAAUUACUUGUUGAGAAAUUGUUCAGAUCUUGUUCAUUGAAAAAAGUUGCAAUUCUUGUGAGAAGUAAGAAAGGACUUAGUUCAUGUCGAAGAGCUGCAGAUAUAUAUAAUGAAUCAGUUUUUGACUGUCUUCGAAAAGAAAAACCUGACUUUUUAACUAAGAUAAAAAUAAUUGAUGGAGAUUUGGAACAAACCUCACUAGGUUUAUCAUCAGAGGACCAUGAGUGGUUGAUCGAAAAUGGGAAUUUCGUUUUUCACUGUGCCGCAACAGUCAGAUUCAACGAAACUCUUCAGACAGCAACAAAAAUAAAUAUUCUUGGAACAGAUAAUAUUUUAAACCUUGCAACGAAGAUGAGAAAUCUAAAGGGUCUUGUACACGUAUCGACCGCUUAUUCACAUUGUCCGAGGAAUGUAAUUAAGGAAAAAUUCUACCCUGUUUUGAUUACAGUUAAAGAGCUAAAAAAUAUGUCCAUUGAUGAAAUUUCAUGUGCUAACAUUUUAGGAAAUUGGCCUAAUACGUACACAUUUACUAAAGCAAUCGCAGAAAAUUUGAUACUAGAUAAUCACAACCAAUUGCCGAUUUCUAUAUUUCGUCCAUCGAUUAUUGGAUGCACACAGUCAGAACCUUAUCCUGGUUGGUUGGAUACUAUAAAUGGGCCAUCUGGUAUAGUUACUGGAACCAUAACUGGUAUUUUAAGAGCGAUAUGUGUCGACAAGGCUAAAAUAACUGAUAUUAUUCCAGUCGAUUAUACAGUAAACGCAUUAAUCAGUGUUAUGUGGGAUACAGUUAACAGAUAUCAACGUUCAGAACAUACGAAAAAUGUACCAAAAAUAUAUAACUACGUUUCUAGUUUUGAAAGUCCGUUGACAUGGGACAGAUUUAUUAAAGAAAUACGCAACCAUUAUUUUGAAGUUCCUCCACUGAGAUCUGUGUGGUAUUUGUAUGAAAUUUUCUAUACCAAUUUAUUAUUUGGCAUAAUUCUGAAAUUCUGGCUACAUACAGUACCAGCUGCAUUAAUGGAUUUUUUAUUAAUUAUAUGUGGUAAAUCUCCCAAAACGCUGAAGAUGUAUGCAAAAAUAGAAAAAAUGUUGAAUUUGCUUAACGUAUUUACUACUAAACAAUGGUCAUUUGACAAUAAAAAUACCAGGAAACUUUGGUCUAUACUCAGUAAAGAAGAUCGUGACGUGUUUUGGUUUAGCUUAGAAGAAUUCGAUUGGGAAGCCUAUUUAAAAAUCUAUUAUUUUGGAAUCAGAAAAUAUAUACUUCACGAAGACUAUAGCAAUAAAGAGAAGGCUGUAUCGAAAAAUCGAAAAUUAUUCUGGUUGCAUCAAUUGUUCUUUGUUUUAAUUGCUUAUAUCCUAAUACAUUUUUUGUAUUGGAUAUUUGUAAUGUAAUGCAUACCUACCUAUGAUCAAUUGAAAAAUGCAUCAAUCAUACUCCUACAUAUCAUAAUCAUAUAGAAAAACAACUGAUAUUUGAAAAUUUAAAUGAA